CUCCACAUGGGACAAGGCAAUGAUACCACAAUUUCAGAAUUUCUUCUUCUGGGAUUUUCAGAAGGACUGGAAUUACAGCCCCUCAUAUUUGGGCUUUUCCUCUCCAUGUACCUGAUCACUGUGUUGGGAAACCUGCUCAUCAUCUUGGCUGUCAGCUCAGACUCCCACCUCCACACACCCAUGUACUUCUUCCUCUCCAACCUGUCCUUGGUAGACAUCUGUUUCACCUCCACCACCAUCCCAAAGAUGCUGUGGAACAUCAAGACACAGAGAAGAGUCAUAACCUAUGCAGGAUGCAUCACCCAGAUUUAUUUUUACAUACUCUUUGCAGUGUUGGAUGACAUCCUCUUGACUGUGAUGGCCUAUGACCGCUUUGUGGCCAUCUGCCAUCCCCUGCACUACAUGGUCAUCAUGAACCCCCGGCUCUGUGGACUGCUGGUUCUGGUGUCCUGGAUCAUAAGUGGCCUGAAUUCCCUGUUACAAAAUGUAAUGGUAUUGCAGCUGUCCUUCUGUACGGACUUGAAAAUCCCCCACUUUUUCUGUGAUCUUAAACAGGUGGUCCAACUUGCUUGUUCUGACACCUUCCUUCAUACUGUGGUGAUGUAUUUUAUAACUGUGUUACUGGGUGCUGGCCCCUUCUCUGGCAUCAUUUACUCUUACUCUAAGAUAGUGUCCUCCAUACGUGCAAUGCCAUCAGCUCAGGGGAAGUAUAAAGCAUUUUCUACCUGUGCAUCUCACCUCUCAGUUGUCUCUUUAUUUUAUGGUACAGUCUUUGGUGAGUACCUCAGCUCUGCUGCUACCCACAGCUCACAUUCAAGUGCAGUAGCCACGGUGAUGUACACUGUGGUCACACCCAUGCUGAACCCCUUCAUCUACAGUCUCAGGAACAAAGACAUUAAGAGGGCCCUGUGUAGAUUUUUUGGGAUGGCAGGUACAAAGAGGAUAAUUAUGCUGAGGUUGAAAAAGUGGCCUUGA